AUGGAGAAAGUGUUGGAUAUAGACAGCAUUUUUGGCGAUAUGAGUUUUAUGGCUCAUUCCCGCGAUGGUGAAGAGACAACGCAAAUAUCCAGGACAAAACGGGAAUUAAGUUUAAGUUCACGGUUAGCGACUAUCUUCGCCGACGACAACACAACAGUCCCAAGUACCACAUUACCUGGAGCGGCCCACAAGUUGGGAACGAAGAAAAACUCUGGAGUGACCCCGUCAGAAACGAUUUUCGCGAGUGCCGUAUACCUUUACUUAUCACAAAAUGGUCAAUAUAUUUCCAAAGGUCGAGUUGGUGCGGCGAUCGUUCGAAGUAAUUCAUUGAUUUUCCUUGUCUUCUAUAAUUCUAACAAGGAGAAUCUCUUAUGUGUUCCUCUUGGUGAUGGAAGCAUUCACAAAAUCGACAAACAAGAAAAGUACUGCACAGUGAGAACAGCCUUGAAAACGUUCGGCUUUGUUUGUCUCAAUGAUGAUGACGAGGCAAAACUGUUAGCUUUAUUGAUGAUAUUGUGUUCGAUUAAAUCCAUGGUUCUCGAAGUGGGUACUGGUGAUGAAGUGGAAAUAGGUUGUAGCACAACAACCUUCCAAACAUCGUGUGUCAGUGAAGAGCGAUUCGUGGAUGUUAAGCUUACUUGGAUUGAAAAGAUCAGGAAGGCGCUUGACUUUACUGGAUGA